AUGAAGCGGACUUGUGCCGACACGUUCAGAGGAGCUUCAAUUCGAUGCAGUGACGCGCCGGGGUUCGCCAACUUCCGCGCAAAUGCGCAGUUGCGUCAAGGCAUUGUCAUAGUGGUGUAUCCGGAGCUGGUGGCCAGCACUUACGCCACUGUGCGCGCGCUUCGAGACGAGUUAGGUUGCUCGUUACCGAUUGAGAUUUGGCUGCGCCGUGAUGAAAUGAACAAGGUACCUGGAGUGCUCGAGCCGCUCUGGGAUCUGGCUAGGAACAAGUCAGGCGGAGAGAUCACCUUCCAGGCGAUUCGACAUCAGCACGCGCUUCAGUUCAACUCCAAGAUCUACGCUAUCUACCACAGCAAAUUCGAGCAGGUGUUGUUUCUGGACGCUGACAACGUGCCUGUGCGAGAUCCGAGCUAUCUGUUCUCGACACCCGAGUUUGUGAAGACUGGCGCCGUCUUCUGGCCCGACUUCUGGCACCCCGGCCAAACUAUUUUCUUUAUCAACCCGUCUUCAUUGGUCUGGCAGCUGCUUGAUAUGCCAUUCGUCGACAUGUUCGAGCAGGAGAGCGGUCAGCUACUCAUCGACCGCAAGCGGCAUGCGGCUCCACUUGCGCUUGUGACGUUUUACGCCUUCCACCAGCCAAACUACUUCAGACGUCUCCACUUGGCAUGGGGCGACAAGGACCUCUAUCGCUUCGCGUGGCUGAAGCUUGGCGCCUCAUUCCACAUGAUCAAAACUCCUCCUGCUGUAGCAGGCGAGCUGAAGCGGGACUUGUUCUGUGGGAUGACAAUGGCCCAGCACGACCCCAGUGGAGACGUUAUCUUCCUACACCGGAACCAACUCAAGCUCACAGGCGAGGCGAAGCUCCAAGACUUUGAUCCCCGCUUGAAAAGCGCGCUGGCAACCGUACCUCAGAAUGCUGCACAAGCUACCGCCCAAGACAACGGAUACCCGGACCCUGAAAUCUGGACCCACCUCGUUUCCUUCCGUGACACCUCCCCGCGUUCCGAGUACAUCAUCGAGAAGCAUGUCUCGGUCAAUAAGCUCACCGGUAUACAGCGAUGCUUCGGCGGCCGCGAGCUGCACAAAAAUCCAAACUUCUACACGCAGGAGUUCACGGAUUUUAGCUAUGCCGAGCUAGAAUUUCACCUACGCCGGUUUGCAAAGAAAGCAGCAGAACUCCGGCAGCGAAAAAUUAGUCAACCUGCAACCUAG